GCAAAGAGUGAAGCUAUGCUACUAAUGUUAUCUCUGAUUGCACGCAUUAAGGUCAGAUAUUGGAACUCAACUCACACUAUAAAUAGCCUGGCAUUUAGAAAAACUAGAUAGAAAUAAGUUGUGUCAAGACGAAAUCGUCGGCUAAGCGUGAAAGAUAGACAUCGAUAGAAUGAGUGAAACUAAGGCUGUUAUAAAGAAUGCUGAUAUGAGCGAAGAAAUGCAACAGCAUGCUAUUGACUGCUGCACACAAGCCUUAGCGAAAUAUACUGUGGAGAAAGACAUAGCUGCUCACGUGAAAAAGGAAUUCGACAAAAUGUACAACCCCACGUGGCACUGUAUUGUUGGCAGAAAUUUCGGAAGUUAUGUGACACAUGAAACCAAACACUUUAUCUACAUGUAUUUGGGACAAGUGGCUUUCCUUCUGUUUAAGUCUGGUUGAACUUUUCAUGAUUGCGUGUUUCAUGAAAGCAGAACAACAAGAAAACAAUUUGCACUACUUCAUACAUCAUGCAACAUUAUUAUCCACUACAGACAUAAAAACAUUCAACUUGUAGAUUAUUGUUAACUCAGCUGUUUGCUUUUGUAUCAAACUUCUCAUUUCCCCAUACAACUUCAUUGUGGUAAAGAGAUGAUGGCCAAUUUUAAGAUAUGUAUAGAAAUUUGAGGAGAGCAUAAAAAAGAACGGCGUAAACGAACAUUUGGACGUAUUACUCCACAUUUAGUCUAUAUGUACUUUUAAAUUGGUCUGGAUUUAUUCUCUGUAUGUUUCAGUGUGUGAACGUAUAAACUGAGAAAAUUCUUAUUUUGAAUCUCUAUAGUGUUUUGAUCUGAAAUUUUUGAAAACGCACAUACUACUCUUAGAAAUAGAUAAUAAAAAUUGUUUACAGAUGUAAAAUGUCUUGCUACCGUUAACUUUAUCUGAAGAUCACUUCUUACUGAGUAA